AUGCCAACCACAAAAGAGACGAAGGCCAAAGCUGAGCGGACUCUUAGUUUAGCGAGGGUCAUGAAUCAAAUAAUUUCCGACAUCACGUGUGCUGAGCACAACCCGAGCUCAUCGAGAGCAACGAUGAGCUCCUUCACUCGCCAUCGACCCGCUCAGUCGUCAAUUGCUUCAGUAGGGCCAAAUAAACUCACGCAACAAUCUCUUGCAAAGCGCCUUCUAUUCCAUUCUCACCCCACAGACGAGCUUCCACCUCUUUUUAUCUCAGAGACCCUCCCACCAGAACUUACAGCGGAAGUCUACGACUUUAUAGCCCUUGCCCUACGCGCCUAUAUCAACCCAUGGUGGACGAAAAUUACCCGAUAUGAUAAAGAGUUCCUUCCUCAAGUUACCCACAUCCUCGUCAUCGUUAUUCGCGCUCUCGAACUUCGGAUACAGCGCCUGGAUUUUCCGGCACUCGUUUUUCAUGACAUUCCCACUAUUCUAUCCCAACACUACGCUGACUACCGCAAUGCUCUCUCAAAGCUUUCAACCUCUUAUGCAUCCGGUGGUGCUGCUUCUUUACCGCAGCUCUUUUCUCAGAUGCAACCUCACACAGCCAUAUUACCGGACGGCAAGAUCGAUCCAGAAUAUUUCCGUCAAGUUUUCGAUUAUAUCCUGAGGCCAUGGUUUAUCCAGAAAACUAUUCUGGAUUUGCUUGGGCCCUCUGCAGAGGAGGAGUACAUGGGACCAUUAUCAGCGCCACCAUCCUCGUUCUCCUUCCACAAUCUGCUUAUUAUUAUCCUUUCUGUAUUGCAAUCGUUCUCAGGCGCAUGCAUUGCCCUAAUUCAUGCCUACAAACAAGCAAUUAUUACCAUUAAGCUUGUUCAGCAUUCGCCUCCUUAUAGAUCGUCGACGCUGCCGCCACAAACCGGACACACAGUACCACCAUCUACCUCUCCCGUUGCCGACCAAUCACACAAAUUUGUACCUCCGCCGUCCAUCUCUCCUACAGCGUCAACAUCCUCUUCAACGUCCUCCUACCGACCUCAGCAGUCGGCGUCAAUUUCCGCAGAGUCUCUAACUAUUACGCAAGUCGGCGGUAAUUACGCUGCUCCUGGCCUAGCUAUGGUCUCAGAGGGCUUUUCUACGCGAGAUCGAUUUUCUUCCAACAUUUUUCACAUGAUGCUUACCAUGCUUUCAAUAUCCAUAACCUCUUUCCUGGACAAACUACUACCAUAUCUUCUCCUGAAUACCCUUUCUCCUGCAUUUAUUCUGAACAUCACGCGAUUAUCCAAACGGACCCUCUUUCCCAACGGAUACCCUGGUCCUCAACCUCAAGAACCGACCCUCGAGGAGCAAGCUGAAAUACGCGCGAAGCUUGUCGCGUGGAGAGGAAAGGGUGUUCUGUCAUAUUUCCUUCCCCUUAUUCUUGGCCCCCGUCCAUCAGAUACUCUUGGGGCAGUAGUGGACCCACUUUCAAGUGCCCAAUGUAACACGCACCUGUUAGUCCUCAUAUUGGACACGGUUCUUAUGGGAUUAUUUCCAGAGUUGGCCGAUGGCCUGGGCAAAUCCGAGUAA